AUGACGGGUCGCGUAAGAACGGAUCGGGGCACAAGUGCGACGAUGGAAGAAGUGCAAGUAUGGCAGGUUGUGCGAGCACAACUUCGUGGAUUGGAUAGCGCUCGCUCAUCAUCUCUUUCCGGCUAUGAAAAACUGUUAAAGGCCAGCUCAGAUGCCAAAAACAUGGAUGCGUUGUACGCCAUGGUGGAAAGAUAUGUCCAAGAAGAACACAGGUGUAUUGUUGGUGCCUUAGAACAGAUUCAUGUACUUAUUGCGCUUCGUAAGGCAUCGUCAGGGAUGGCAGGAACUGAGCUACGCCGUCGAAAACGCAGGACGGAUGAACCGGCUGAACUUGAGGACAUUGGUACAGAGCUCAAGACCAAGGGAUCAGGAUCUGAUAUGCGGAAAAACCGUGCGCCUCCAAAGGCAAAUGACAAUACCCAUUGGAUGCGCAUCAAGCCGCAACUGCCGCUACAACGUGGACGAAAAGUGGCAUUUUGCCAAACACCCGAAGGAAACAAUGUUGGUGAGGAGGAAUGGAUUCUUGCUACCGUUAUUGAGUGCAUUCAAGGCGAUAAGACACGCUAUGUUGUCCAAGACGCCGAAGAUGAGGGACCCAACGGACCAAAAUGGAACACGACGAUCCAUUCGAUAGUUCCUCUACCUGUCAACAUUGACUCUUUACCAUCCGAGGAUUACGCUGUCGGCACACGCGUGCUGGCGUUAUACCCCGAUACAAGCUGCUUCUACUGGGCUACAGUGCAGGGCGGCGGCCCCAACAUACAUGCCUCCGUUCCCAGAAACAAAACUCAUGUUUUAUGA